AAUGUGACGCAAAUUUAAUUAAUUAUGCAAAUUAGCAUGGCCGGUGCUUUUAGGUGAAGGUCAUAGUCACCUGAAUGUGUGCCAGUGGGCAAUAGAUUCACAGUGACUCCUCUUUCCAACCCAUUCCUUGGUAUCAGAAGCAUAGAGCACAUUUAUACAGAUUUCAAUGGACUCCCGGAGCUAGUGGCCCUUGGCAUCUAUGCAGGUUUGCCUGGUCAUAUGUCCUGGCACACAGUCCAGAGCACCAUGCUUUUGUUGUAGCCAUCACUAUUAGGGAGUGUGUCUGCCCCCCACUGCUCACAGCAGUCCAGAUCCUGACCACCAUAGUUUUAGUCCUGACCCAGAGCCCAAUAAUAAGCGUUGUGGCUAAGAUCAAGUGUAAUAUCUGUUCUUAUCAGUUUACGCCGGUGACCCGAAGCGCCGGUAUUAAGCUGGUGGGGAUGGGUGCUGCAUGGUAGGAGGCAGGUGUACCAGGGCGUUCCUGGGCUCGUUCUGAGGAAUCAGCUCGACGGCAGCCCUGAUGUGACCUGUUUCCUCCGGGUCUCGCCAUGAGGUAGAGGGGUGUAGAGCCGAGGUACUUCUGUGCCUCGGGGAGUGGUGACCCUGAGGUGCCGAAACUCACUGGGUGUUAUAGCUCGCUGAGUGAACGCACUGCACCAUUACUCUUCACCUUCGGCACUCACCCUUGGUAUCCCGGCCUUCUGGCUAGGAUCCGGGAAAUUUUUAUAGAUCCGUCUGGAUGACUGGGCAGUAUAUCUGAACUUAUCCACUUAUUUAUUUUUUGUGUUUUGUCACUGUGCCACUUUUUCGUGUUGUUUGUACACAGGAUUUGUCAGGAUGUGGUAGCCCUUCUGGCGGUCUAGGGGAGGUGUGUGUGGCCAUUAGGUUUCUCACCUCCCUCCAACCCCUGGGCAUCUUGGCUUUGGUCAAGAUGCCACCAGCAAACGGCUCCUUGGCUGAUACUUUGGCUAACGCCUAGGUUGAAGCCAGGAGCAUUUUCGGCCCCUUAGUAGCUUCGGGGAAAAGGGGCAUCGAACCUGGAUCCUUACAGGUGCCUUUUGGCCCUGAGGUGAAGGGUAGGUUUGUUGGGGGGCCACUCUCCUGUAGGAGAAGGGCUUAGCGAUAGACCGCAUCCUUUGUGCACUUUUUUUGUGUGACACGUUUGCACUUUUUCUUGCACUUUGGGUGAUAGAGAGCAGUAGAGGGCUGGUAGACCCCUGGGCAUCUUGGCUUUGGCCGAGAUGCCACCAGUAUACGGCUCCUUGGUUGAAGCCAGGGGCAUUUGUGGCCCCCUUAGUAGCUUCGUCGAAAAGGGGCAUCGAACCUGGAUCCUUACAGAUGCCUUUUGGCCUGUAGGUGAAGGGUAGGUUUGUUGGGGGGCCUCUCUCCUGUCGGAGAAGGGCUUAGCAAUAGACCGCAUCCUUUGUGCACGUUUUUUUAGUGUGACCCGUUUGCACUUUUCCUUGCACUUUGGGUGAUAGAGAGCAGUAGAGGGCUGGUAGACCCCUGGGCAUCUUGGCUUUGGCCGAGAUGCCACCAGUAUACGGCUCCUUGAUUGAAGCCAGGGGCAUUUGUGGCCCCCUUAGUAGCUUCGUCGAAAAGGGGCAUCGAACCUGGAUCCUUACAGGUGCCUUUUGGCCCGGAGGUGAAGGGUAGGUUUGUUGGGGGGCCUCUCUGCUGUAGGAGAAGGGCUUAGCAUAGACCGCAUCCUUUGUGCACGUUUUUUUAGUGUGACCCGUUUGCGCUUUUCCUUGCACUUUGGGUGAUAGAGAGCAGUAGAGGGCUGGUAGAUAAAGUUGUAGUGUCUUCCUCCAUCCAUGUCAUGUAGCAGCAGGUCACAUCUAAUGGCUGCAGUGCCGCCCAUCCUCUUAGUGUGUCACAGCAGGAGAUGAGGGGCUCAGUGUCUGUGGAUGAUGAUGCAGCCUCCAGAUCUAUGUGCAUCUAUGGAUCACUGCGGGUCAGAAGAUGCCACAUGUCCAUCUGUCUGUCUAGGUCUAUGUGUCUGAUUCCCCAAUAAGUGUCCAUCCACACAUUAUAGGACCCCACUAUGCUCCCUCCCCUGUCCCUGGAGGAGCUGCAGAGGCUGCAGACAUGGCUUUAUUGUACAGGUUGUAAUGUGAUGGGGGAUGGAAGGAAGAAGCUGUAGACAAGGACUGAGCAGAGUGACACUUCCCCAUAGAGGAAGCAGCAGAAGAAGGCGACCAUGUGUGGUAUCACCAGCAGCUGCCUGACCGUGUGCUGUGAUCUCCAUCCCUGCAGCUGUGACAAGGCUGGGGGGCUGCAGCACACUGGAUAGACCCCCGGCUCCAUUCUGCGGGGUCACUGACUCCGCUCACCCCACCCUCCUUCCACCUGAAGACUAUGCGCCCAUCCUGCCCGCCAACCUGAGCUGCAGCCUCUUCACACUAGUCACCGACCAAGAUCCAUAACCGCAUCCACUGAGGCAGCAGAAGACGUGUCACCCACCGGGAGACACCACCAAGGCUUCCUCCAGCCCCAGGGGACACCAGGCUCCCCCACCAUGACAACAUCACACGGGGGAGGCGGCAUUUAAAAAAGAUAUAGAAAAAUAACUAAGUAUCGGCCAUGAUCGCUCGGCGCUGUGGUGUGCGGUGCGGUGCGUUUCUCUAGCGCCGGCAUUACCUGGAGGACUGGUGAGGGUGGAGAGCCUGGGCUGCGGGGGGCUCCUCCAUCAUCAGGGGCUCUACCGGGGGGCUGCCUGCACGGCCUGCUGCUGGGGGUCCAGUCCUGGUCGGGGGGCUCAAUCAGGAAGAGACAGGGAUCACCCCGAGACUGGGAGCCUAUGGAAGGGGCUCAGCCUCCACAUUGCCGUGUUCUCGAUGCCCACCUAUUCCAGCAAAUGAUUAUGGACAUAUGGCCUGAAGAGCUGCCAGCUGAAUGCCAGGACUUGUUCACAUAGGAGGACGUUACACUUUGGAGGCAGUAUAAGAGACAAGGCUACAAUGUGGAGCUUCAUAGGCCUUAUAACUGGUGUCACAAUGUGAUUCCUUGGGGCAUCUCAUUGAAAGUAAUGGGAAAUGCUGCCUUAAAGGACCAAAUAUUAUUGAUUUACUAUGAUAUUCAGCAUUUUUGUCAACGGUGAAAACAUAUCAUUUGAUCACUACUCUUAGGAUUUCUCAGUGCCAAAUUCUUCUCCACUCACUCAAACCACUUGUUCCGCCAUUGUUAUUCCCGCUUAAUACUGGCGGAAAAGAUUCUAGUGCCUGCAUUUUUCUUCUUCUUUUUGCCAUGUCACGUCCACGCAUCCUUCAGUCAGUUAGUGGUCAAAAUUUUGGAGGUCAAGGAGCUCCUCCAAGAGUUGUGGUCUGGGAAUGGUUGAAUGAGCAUGGACGUUGGAGACCAUAUACUGCCACUGUUUGUCAUCAUAUUGAGAAUGCUUUACGAGAAGAUGGAAGGGGACAAGUGGCAUUAGGGCAAGUGGACACACAGCUAACUCCAUAUGUCAUUGAUCUCCAGACUAUGCAUCAAUACCGCCAGGACACAGGGACUGUCCGACCAGUAAGACGCAGUUUUUUUGAACCAUCUUCUGCCCCAGGCAAGGGUAUUGUUUGGGAAUGGGAAAAUGACGCAGGUUCCUGGACACCUUAUGAUACAGAAAUCUGCAUUGCUAUCCAGAAUGCCUAUGAGAAGCAGCACCCAUGGCUGGACCUCACUACGCUUGGUUUUUGUUACUUGGUGCAUUUCCAUAGCAUGUGUCAAGUCAACCGGCAGACACAUCGGAAGCGGCGACUAAGAAGACGCAUGGAUCUUGCAUAUCCUUUGACAAUGGGAUCCAUACCCAAGUCUCAGUCAUGGCCAGUGGGGUCUGGCUCCGGGUUACCCUGUUCCUGCCCCCAGUGUCUGUUAGUAAACAGUACCAGAGCAGCUUCUAAUGCUAUCCUGGCAUCCCAGAAAGUUAAGGUUCCCCCUGGACCUCCACCUAACCUGCCACCUCCACCUCCUCCUCAGCAUCCAUCUGGAAUAAGACAGAGCAAUACAUAUAGUGGCGGAGCUGCUGGUUGGGGAAGACCAGGGGAAGGAGGUCGAGCUGCAGGAGGAAUGAGAAAUGGCUCAGGAUUUUCUCGUAGUCAAAGUGUACCAGGACCAGCACCGUACCCAGGACAGAACAAUCUGAACAGACCAGGAGUGCAAAGAACUAGUGGGAGCAGCAGUAGGGCAUCUAUUCCUCCAGGUGUACCAGCUCUCCCUGUAAAGAACCUUAAUGGAACAGGUCCUGUGCAUCCAGCUUUGGCAGGUAUGACGGGUAUUCUGAUGUGUGCAGCUGGACUGCCAGUGUGCUUAACCAGAGCCCCUAAACCCAUUCUGCACCCACCUCCUGUCAACAAAGAGGACAUCAAACCUGUUAGUGGCAUCAGUGGCAUCUGUCGGAAGACCAAAAAGAAACACCUAAAGAAAAGUAAGAACCCAGAGGAAGUAGUGCGAAGAUACAUCCAGAAAGUAAAGUCACCACCAGAUGAGGAUUGCACCAUUUGCAUGGAGCGUCUAGUCACUGCUUCAGGUUACGAGGGGGUCCUGAAUCAUAAAGGAAUCCGGGCUGACCUUGUAGGAAAAUUGGGAAAAUGUAAUCAUGUGUACCAUGUCCUGUGUCUGGUAGCAAUGUACAACAAUGGAAAUAAGGAUGGCAGCCUGCAGUGUCCCACAUGUAAAGCAAUUUAUGGAGAGAAAACCGGCACUCAACCCCCAGGGAAAAUGGAGUUUCAUGUUAUUCCUCACUCACUUCCAGGAUAUCCUGAGUACAAGACUAUUCGCAUAGUAUAUGAUAUUCCAAGUGGAGUGCAGGGGCCUGAGCAUCCGAACCCAGGGAGGAAGUUCACAGCCCGAGGAUUUCCACGUCACUGUUAUUUGCCAGAUAAUGACAAAGGAAGAAAGGUCCUACGAAUGUUGGUGGCAGCAUGGGAUCGACGUUUGAUAUUUGCUAUUGGUACCUCAAGCACGACAGGGGAAUCCAACACAGUGGUGUGGAAUGAGAUUCAUCACAAGACUGAGUUUGGGUCCAACCUUACUGGCCAUGGAUACCCUGACCCUAACUACUUAGACAAUGUUCUAGCUGAACUUACUUUGCAGGGAGUGACUGAAGAGAAAGCAUUGCCCUAUUAAGCAAAGCUCUGGACCCUUUCCUAAAUACGGAACCGACAGCAUCAGUGUCAGAACAGUGACAUUUAUGUUUUGCUAGCUACUGUCUCCUACUUUUCCAGGGGAUUUAUUCCAGUGAAUACUGGGAACCCAUCAUUGCUGCCUUGCUGAAGUUAAGGAACAAAAUGUGAUUGAAGUUUCGUAGAGAAUCAGAAAUACCCAACAUUGUAGGUGGCGCAUGGAAUCAUUCUUCACAGCAUCCCAGGCUCCAGAGCCAGCACUGGUUGCAGAGCAUCCAUUUACAAAGCAUGAUGUUUUUUGGGAGAAAUGAGUGUUGUUCCAGCAGGUUGCGACAAUUCAGUGAAUGUUGGGGAGACAAAUGGACUUUUUGUAUCACAGAAUCUGGUCGGUGGUAGCACAUACCCUAUAAAAAUACAAUGCAUUGCCCUCUGUAUUACAGCAGAAAACUCUAAAGGGUCAUAUGCAUUCAAUUUAUUAUCAUUUUAAAGAAGAGACCAAGAGCCUCCUGUCUCCCAUCACUUGUGUGAUCUGUAUAGUUGUGUGAUGUCUACGUGUUAUACUGUAAGCACUAUGAACGUGCGUUCUCCUCGGCAAUGCUUACAACAACCAGGCUCUGAAUAAUAAGCUAUAAGACAUGUUUACAUAAUGGGAUGUCAUGGGUUGCCUACAAUUUAAAUAUAGCAGUUGUCAUUCUUUUAAACAGAACAUACACAUAGAGUCAGAAUCACCAUCAUGUUCUUUAUGUCAUUUUAGUCAUGGUCAUUGUGUUUCUACCAUGACAUAUCAUCUAGUCACGCCAUCAUUUUUCUUCUAACCCAGUAUUACCAGAAUGCGGCUAUACUCUUUACUUGGCUAUUUCCCAUCAAGUUCCCUUUUUUAAGGAAUCCCUACUACAGGAUAUAACGAUAUGUAUAAAGCCCACAUACUGUUCAUGGACAGAUAUUCUUCUGAAUUAAUAUUGAAUUACAUGGAGUCAUGUGGAUGUCUAGAAACAGUCAUUGGAAAUAUGACACUAUAGAAAGUCAUAGCACUUUGUCAGAAAAUCUCAGAUACCUGGGAAAAAUCUUAUUUAAGCCCCCGGCCACUGCAAGUGCCUAGGAGGUGGGAUCUACGUUAGGUGCCCAGAGUGCUCUGCAUCGAGAGCAUUUUAGAUAUUUUUUUUCCAGCUAUGACUAAUCCCUCUAGCAGUCUCCUGAUAGAAUGCUACAGCUAUCAGUAAUAGCUGGAAGAAGGGGCUCAUUUGAGAGACCUCUGUGGAACCUAAGAAGUGGAUCCUACCUUCUGCCCACUUGCACUACCUUCUGUGAUCACAGGUACGUAUGGACCCCCAACCUCCUCCGGUUGUUGGUACGAACAACAUGUAUGGCUCCACCCCCUGACAGCUAUUAAUUACCAUACUAUUCCAAAAUGUCCAUAGAUUUGUAACAUUUCUCCACUGGUAUUGAUAUCGCGAUCUUCUAAUACAGUGUGGCUUUGUUAGGAACUUCUGGAAUCUGGAUUCAUAAGUAAUAUAAAAUACCUUGCUGCAAAUAUUAGGGAUCAAGAGAGCAGAGAAGUGGAGGUGAGGCCCAUAUGAUUCUAAAUGUCAUAUUUUACUGUUGGCUAUAUUAGUUACUUUUACCUUUUGUAUAUUGAAAUGUUCCAAUAAGGAUUAUGGUUUUAGAGCAUAUCAGGACAAGUGAAUUAGAAAGAAAAUCUAUCUAUGAUUUGUAGAUUGCUUUCCAUCCUUCCAUGUACAUGUAAUAGGUUAUGUUUAGCCCCAGCUACAUUUGUGACAUCAUUCUUCAUAAAUUUACUAUUUAUUGUUUAACACAUUGCUGCUCUAUAUAGUGAAGACAGAUCUGGUAUCAUGAUAAGAUAAUGGAAUGCCUUUAAUGAGAUAUACAUGUAAAUAUGAAUGAGAGUCACUUAGGCAAGGAACUCUUCUGAUUCAUAACAUGGGUCGUGGCAGAUCUGCUUAAAUAGUUUUUUCUCUAUACAAUCAUUGAUCAAUAAUUCCUUACGAUACAUUAAAUGGGAGUAAAAUCACUAAGUGUCAUCUAAAGGUCGAAAAAAUAUCUAUAAAGAUAUUUAUAACUCUAGAACUUGAUACCUACUUUGGCAGCAAAAGUCAAAGAUGCAUUGACUUUGCAUGUUAAUGUACGUCACAACUAAAGUUUUUAUGGUAUUCCAACCCUCAAUGCCCCAACUCUCGUAUUUUUCAGCACACGUAGCCAUAUAGUUUUAUUAUAAUUUAUAUCCAUGCUCAUAUUUAUCAGGACAGUAUUAGGACACAUUCACAUGUACUGUAUUUGCUGCAGAUUUAAAGGAGAACUUCGGCAAAUCUCCAGGAUCUUCAGGAUGGGACCUGCUGCUCAGUGAGGACUGCCUGCUGUAGAUGGCAUGCGCUCCAUUUGUAUGGAAAUGCCGAAUUGACGAGAGUACAGCAGUCUGGCAUCAUUGGUGCUCCCAUACCAAUGACUGGAGCGCGUGCAGUCUACCGGUAGAUGACACACGCUCCUCACUGAGAGAGCCAGGGUCCCGUACUGGAGAUCGCGACUGGUACCAGUGGUUGAACCCCCUACUUAUCCCCUAUCCUGUAAAUAGGGCAAAAGUUGACUUUUGUUGGACUACUCAUGACUGAACACAACAUAAGAUCAGAAGUGUGAAUGUGCCCCAGUAGUAUUCAGGGUUGACAGUGUGAUAAUGAUGGGGCAAAUUUAAGAAACUGGUUAAAAGAAAAUCUCUUUGUUGCCUAUAGCAUAAAUAUCCCCCACUGGUGUCAUCCAGAGUACCUGUCAUCAAACCAUAUUUUCCAAACUAACGCAGAUUAUAUUCCCUAACUACUCCUAAGAGUACAAAUAAAAUUUUAUUGAACAAACCUACUAAUGAUAACAAUAUUUCUUUUAAACAUAAACUUACAAUGCGCUGUUCCAAAUUAUUAUGCACAGUAAGCUUCAAAACACUUUAUAGGUUGUAAGGAACUGAAAAUUGUAAUUUGUUGUGUUUGCAGCAUAUUUACUGAAAUCAAAAGCUAUUUCAAUCAAACUUUUAACAACAUUUUAACUUUUUAAACAUUUUAACAGGACCCCUUAUUUGAUAGCAGCUUUACAAGUCUUGCAUCCAUUGAACUUGUGAGUUUUCGGACAGUUUCUGCUUGAAUUUGUUAACAAGAUGUCAGAAUAGCCUCUCAGAGCUGCUGUUUGGAUGUAAACUGCCUCCCACACUCAUAGAUCUUUUGCUUGAAGAUGCUCCAAAGGUUCUCAAUAGGAUUGAGGUCAGGGGAGGAUGGGGGCCACACCAUGACUUUCUCUCGAUUUAACCCCAUAGCAGCCAUUGAUGCAGAGGUAUUCUUUGCAGCAUGAGAUCUGUGCAUUGUCAUGCAUGAAGAUAAUUUUAUUACGGAAAACAUAGUUCUUCCUUCUUUACCGGGGAAGAAAGUGGUCAGUCAGAAACACAUACUUUGCAGAGGUCAUCUUUACACCUUCGGGGACCCUAUAGGGGCUGACCUGCUCUCUUCCUAUUAUUCCGGCCCAAAACAUGACUCCACCCCUGCCUUGCUGAUGUCCAUCAACCAUCCACUACUCCAUCCAGGGUUGCACGGUACUCAUCAGUGAACAAGAUUGUUUGAAAAUUAGUCUUCAUGUAUUUUUCUGCCCAAUGCAGCAGUUUCUUCUUGUGAGCAUUGGUUAGUGGUGGCCGAAUAGAAGGUUUAUGCACAGUUGCAAGACUCUACACCUUGAUGUCCGUGGGACUCCAGAGGCACUAGCAGCUUCAAAUAUCUGUUUGCUGCUAUGUAAUGGUAUGAUAGUAGUUGCUCUCUUGAUCCGAUGCAUGGAUCUGGUAGAAAUCUUCCUCAACGUGUCUUUAUCUGCACGAACCCCUCAGUGCUCUAAAUCAGCAACAAAUCUCUUAAUAGUGCUAUGAUCACGCAUACGUUUUCGUGAAAUAUCUAAUGUUUUCAUACCUCGUCCAAGGCAUUAAACAAUUUCACUCUUUUCAGUAGCAUAGAGAUCCUCUUUCUUCCCCCAUAUUGCUUGAAAAAGGUGCUCUGCUUAAAGGACACCUCCGGGAUAAUAAAACUAAUUAAAAUCCACUCCAUUAGGUAAAGUUAUAUAACUUUUCAAUACACUUAAAUUGCCCCACAUGAAGUCUUUGUCUGUUCUCAUGCAUUUUUUCCUCAGACCAGAAGAGGUAUAGGAGCAUUUAAGCUUUCAUUUUCGACCACCAAACACCCCUAUUGUGGUUGAUUGGUUGAAGUCUCGGCAUACCCAGCAUGCUCCGGGACAGUUCUAUGCCUCCUGUCCCCAAACUUGGCCACUCUCAGCUCAUUUGUCAUUGGCUGAGCUCUUCUCUCUUACUCCCUGAUGCGUCCAAUCACAGUGCCACCGCAGCGCAGCCACAGAAGGCUCACUGAUGUUACGUCAGAGUAACAGCAGUGAGCCAAUCAGCGUUACCCCCACACGCAUGCGCUGUGUAAGAAAACAAGCCCCGCCAGCAUACAGACUUCGGCCAGAGCUCCGCGCCUGCCCAUUGGAUCCAGAGCUGAAGAGGGGGGUUUGUAAUUGUGUGUCUUUAUCUAGUACUAAACUUUGGGGGCGUAUUCUGCGGGCAUACAUAUUCAAUUGAUAGGAGGGAGUAUGAGCUGGAGGGUGGUGAGGAUCAUACAGGAAGAUGAUGCACGGAAUCAUGGGCCACAGGCCAUUUUCAUGAUGUCACAGAUAAUUUCGGCGGCAAUUGCGGGAGAACGGCUGGACCGAUUUUCAUGAUAAUAGGUUUGGCUGAUAGGUGAAUCGAUUAUUUAUUAUUAUUUAUAGUCAAAAUGUAUUAAUGAGUAAAUAUAGUAAAAUGACUAUAAUGAGUUAUCCUUUAAUAAUGUGGAACACCCCACCUUAAAUUUUCCUUAAAUUGGGCUCACCUGGUAAUCUAAUUAUCACAGGUGUCCGAGAUUGUUUUCAGUUAUCCAUGAGUUAAACUGAAAAACUAAAUAUUUAAUCUCUGUGACACGUAAAUAGAAUUUGCAUAAUAAUUUGGAACAGGGUGUGAUAUAUAUACAUAUAUAUAUAUAUAUAUAUAUAUAUAUAUAUAUAUAUAUAUAUAUAUAUAUAUAUUUUGCAGUUUUACAGUGAUUAUGCAUUGUUUUUACCACCAUUUGCAAAAUAGAAGAAAAAUAGCACCUUUUCUUUUAUAAAGCAAUUUCUAGAUAAUUUUUCCCAUGUCUAUAGUCUACCGAUCCUAAUAACGGGAAUAUCGUAUGAUAAUACUGUAUAUCAUUUUGGUAUAAAACUAUUUUGGAAAAAUCAUGGCAAAAACGCUGUAAAACUGCAAGGUUUAAACACAGUCUUAGUGGCCUUUUACAGCAAAAUAAGUUUGGUAAUGGGUUUUCAGUUGUAUAGAAAAAAAGCUACUGAACUGUAUUGUGUGACCCUUACUUCGCACGGAUGAAACCCUGAAAUAUCCUCCAAGGAAUUGUUGUUUUACAUGCAAGUUAUUAAACACCACAUAUAUAGUGUUGAAUAUACAGAAAGAGGCAAAUGCAAGGCUAAAAUAACCAAACAAGUACCCCACCGCUUUUUUUUUUUUAAGAUGAAACACACACGAUAAAAGAAGCGUUGUUGUGGAUACUCUGUGAAUGUGUUAUAUUGAAUGUCAUUACUUUAUAUCACUGCAACAUUUUGAUGUGUUUGAGAUCACCCACAAGAUGGCAGAAUGGAGGCUUUUUUCUUGGUUUCUUUAACUAAAAAAAAAGGAGAGUUUGAAUCCUUACCUGACAAAAAAAUAAAAAAAAGACUGCACCAUAGCCUUCUCUAUGAAUGCAGCGUAACAUGGCAUGCAUGGAGCAAACCUCACUCCCCGCACAUCCUAGCCACGCUCGGCAUGUCCUUGCAAAUGUGAAUAAAAUACCUGUUGAUUUCAACAAUACUGUAUCUAGCUGUGACAAUAUGUUAUUAUCAGGUUGUCAGCCCUUGCUUAACAGUACGUUCUUUUUAUAGGACUGCAACAGGACUAAGGUACACACUGAAAUAAAUAGAGAAUAAGUCAUUUUCACCAAGACAAGCAAGGGACAGGGAUAGCGAAUGUGUUAUUUUAAUCGGAUGUUCUAGCACAUUGUUGUUCAACCUGUAAUAUUAUAGAGGCUUCA